AUGAAUAGACACCACCACGCCCUGGUGAAUGGCUACACUGCCUACCCUCGCGGGCAGGGUGGCACUUUUUCCAUCUCUCCACAUCGCUUCCAGCCCCGUUCGCAACCGGCUCUGCGACGUCGACGACAACUUUUUCAACGACUAUGCUUUAUCGGCGGAAUCUCCAUAUUUCUACUCAUCCUAAUAUUUCCAUCCUGGAGGGCCGCGAUCAUCCCGUCGAUCUCGCUCGGACUCCUCUCCUCUUCUGCGGAUCUUCAAAUCCAGACCGUCCGAUAUUAUGACCUUUCCAAAGUCCAGGGUUCAGCUAACGGCUGGGAACAGGAGGAGCGGGUGCUCAUGUGCACCCCCCUCCGCGAUGCCUCUUCCCACCUGCCCAUGUUCUUUUCGCAUCUCCGCAACCUCACCUACCCGCACAACCUCAUUGAUUUAGCGUUCCUGGUUUCCGACUCGAAGGAUGAUACCAUGGGCAUGCUGUCGCGCAUGCUGGAUGAGAUCCAGAAUGACCCCGACCCAAGCAUGCCCUUCGGCGAGGUCUCCGUCAUUCAGAAGGACUUUGGGCAGAAAGUCCAGCAGGACGUGGAGAGUCGACAUGGUUUCGCGGCGCAGGCCGGACGCAGAAAGUUGAUGGCUCAGGCAAGAAAUUGGCUCCUGAGCGCUACGCUGCGUCCGACCCAUAGCUGGGUCUAUUGGAGAGAUGCGGAUGUGCAGACCGCUCCGUUUACGAUUAUUGAAGAUCUCAUGAGACAUGAUAAGGAUGUGAUCGUGCCGAAUGUCUGGCGGCCGCUCCCGGAUUGGCUCGGUGGGGAACAACCAUACGACUUGAACUCUUGGCAGGAAUCAGAGACAGCACUGGCUCUUGCGGAAACUCUGGACGAAGAUGCGGUGAUUGUGGAAGGCUAUGCGGAGUACGCGACGUGGCGGCCUCAUUUGGCCUAUCUCCGCGACCCCUACGGCGAUCCGGACAUGGAGAUGGAGCUGGACGGUGUUGGCGGUGUCAGUAUCCUUGCCAAGGCACGAGUCUUCCGCGCGGGUGUCCAUUUCCCAGCAUUUAGUUUUGAGAAGCAUGCCGAGACCGAGGGCUUCGGAAAGAUGGCCAAACGGAUGGGUUUCUCGGUCAUCGGCCUUCCCCAUUACACCAUCUGGCAUCUUUACGAGCCCAGCGUCGACGACCUGCGCCAUAUGGAAGAAAUGGAGCAAGAACGCAAGGCUCGCGAAGAGGAGGAGAAGGAGCAGGCGGAGCGGGAGGAACGCGUUCACAAGUUGUUCCGGGACCCAAAGACGGAGUGGGACAUUGACAAUGCGUUUGUUCAGGAUUCGAUGAGAGAGGAGGCGGAAGAGCGCAAAGCGGCCGAGCCUUUCAAAGACGAGAGCACUCCACGCGCUCGAGAAACGCCAGAACCCAAGUCAGGCAAACCCGCAGACCAAAAAGAACCGAAGGAGCACAAGGCACCGCAAUCCCCAAAGAACAAGGGCACGGAAGACCAGGAAGAGGCCCCCGCGAUCAAGCCGGCGGAAAACCGAGCUGACGGCGACAAGGCAAAACCAUAG